AAGAGGAUUCACCAGAGGCAGAGUGGGGAAAAGAACAGGCAGACUGACUGAAAUACACUGCUGGGGGGAGCAGCGGGCAAGACAGGAGAGGUCUGCUGCGCCAUGUGGGUCAGCUCCCUAGCUGGGGAUCGAACUCAGGCUGUAGCAGUGAUAGCUCGCUGAGACUUAAUUCCUAGGCCACCAGGGAAGCACCCCAUCUGGGUCUUUUUUUUUUUUUAAAGAUUUAUGCAUACAGAGCUGGGGUACAGGCCAGAGAUGCAGGGGGGUAAGAGGAUCCACCAGAGACAUAGUGGGGAACAGAACAGUCAGACUGACUGAAAUGCACUGCUGAGGGGAGCAGCGGGCGAGACAGGAGAGGUCUGCCGCACCAUGUGGAUUUCUUUCUGGCCGGGGAUUGAACUCAUGCUGCAGAGGCUGCGGAUUGCUUCAUAGUGCGGUGCUUAACCCCUUGCGUCACCAGGGAGGCCCCAUCUGGGUCUUGAUCCCAACCGUGUGACCUGCUUAAAACUCUCCAGACUUCAGUUUUCCUAAAUUAAAAUUUUAUCAGCUGAUUCAGACCCUCUGGGACGCUCUUGGGAUUUAGUGGGUGCAAGGGGAUCACUAUCUGGAGUCUGAAUCUCAUCUUCCCACCUUUUUCCCAGAAACCUCUCUGUGAUCAUGACUCCUGAAGUUUGGGGUGAGGAGCAAGAGCCCUUUUCCACUUUACAGAUGGGAAACUGAGGCUCAGUGGGGUUGAGGGGAGAACUUGGUGAAAGUCAACAGAGGGACAGAAUGGAGCCACAAGCCUAGACCUCGGAGCUCUAGUGCCCCAGCCAGCCCUCUUGACAUGCCUCCCCACGCUGAAAUGAGCCCCACAAGGAGAGACCUCCCCAAGGCCUUGGCCCAAAUAUCUCUGAACUUGUCUCAUGGAGAGGCGCACUGGGAAAGAGGCCCUGUGUCCCCAUGUCUCCUUGGGCUCAGAUCCCAGGCUGGUUCCUCUGUAACAUCAGCCCUUAGGAAAACUUGAAGAUCAGGGGGUCCCAAAUGGAGAGGGUGUCAUCCUCUCUACAUCACAACCUCUGCUCAGGGGGCCUGCUCCGAAUGAGGCAGUAAUAGCAUUUCCUUCAGAAGAUGGGGAUGAGGGCUCCCUGAAAGGAAGGUCCAGUGGCCUCCAUGCACAUUAGCUGCUACCGUCAUGGUCUCGUUUCAGGUGAGGAGACUGGCUUAGAAACCAUAUUCCAAGGUCACAAAGUAAGGAAGGGCCUUCCUGAUCCUUCGACUCUUACGAGGAAGGAACCUGAUCUGAGGGAGAGUGAAGACACUUCCACGUGGACACCCGACCAUGUGCCUGCCCUGAGCAGUCGGCCCACCAGGUGUCUGUUGUGGGCGGUGGGGCCCAGUGCUCAUCUGUGGACCCCCCCACGGUUGGCAGGCUCCCCCAGAAGCGGGCUCUGGGCCUCGGCCCCACCAUGUCGAGCCUUGGCAGUGGCCCCCAGGACACCGGCGGCAGCAGCAGCAGUAGCAACACCAAUGGCAGCGGCGGCAGCGGCCCGAAGGCGGGCGUGGCAGACAAGAGUGCGGCGGCGGCCACUGCCACACCGGCCUCGGUGGCGGAUGACGCGCCACCCCCUGAGCGUCGGAACAAGAGUGGCAUCAUCAGCGAACCCCUCAACAAGAGCCUGCGCCGCUCCCGCCCUCUCUCUCACUACUCUUCCUUCGGGAGCGGUGGGGGCAGCGGCGGGGGCAGCAUGAUGAGCGGGGAAUCUGCCGAAAAGGCUGCUGCGGCCGCAGCGGCUGCCUCCCUGUUGGCCAACGGGCAUGACCUGGCGGCAGCCAUGGCAGUGGACAAGAGCAACCCUACCUCAAAGCACAAAAGCGGUGCUGUGGCCAGCCUGCUGAGCAAGGCAGAGAGGGCCACGGAGCUGGCGGCCGAGGGACAGCUCACGCUGCAGCAGUUCGCGCAGUCCACGGAGAUGCUGAAGCGCGUGGUGCAGGAGCACCUGCCGCUCAUGAGCGAGGCGGGCGCAGGCCUGCCUGACAUGGAGGCUGUGGCGGGCGCCGAAGCCCUCAACGGCCAGUCCGACUUCCCCUACCUGGGCGCCUUCCCCAUCAACCCAGGCCUCUUCAUCAUGACCCCAGCAGGUGUAUUCCUGGCCGAGAGCGCGCUGCACAUGGCCGGCCUGGCUGAGUACCCCAUGCAGGGAGAGCUAGCCUCCGCCAUCAGCUCGGGCAAGAAGAAGCGGAAACGCUGCGGCAUGUGUGCGCCCUGCCGGCGGCGCAUCAACUGCGAGCAGUGCAGCAGUUGUAGGAACCGAAAGACUGGCCAUCAGAUUUGCAAAUUCAGAAAAUGUGAGGAACUCAAAAAGAAGCCUUCCGCUGCUCUGGAGAAGGUGAUGCUUCCGACGGGAGCCGCCUUCCGGUGGUUUCAGUGACGGCGGCGGGAACCCAAAGCUGCCCUCUCCGUGCAAUGUCACUGCUCGUGUGGUCUCCGGCAAGGGAUUCGGGCGAAGACAAACGGAUGCACCCGUCUUUAGAACCAAAAAUAUUCUCUCACAGAUUUCAUUCCUGUUUUUAUAUAUAUAUUUUUUGUUGUCGUUUUAACAUCUCCACGUCCCUAGUAUAAAAA